UUGAACUUUCCCACCAAAGUUUAAGCAUAUUCGAUUUACAAGUGACAUGUUUUAUUCUCGAAGCUAUUACAACCAGUUCGUCGUCGCCGUAUCACAUCAGUCGCUAACUAAGAGUGCCCAGAGGACGCAUCGUGGAGUUCCCAGAACUGCUGAAAGUAAACCCACACGACACGAGAGAUGGCCGCCAUAAUUAAAGCCACCUUCGACAGUUAUCGAUAUAUUUUCCACGACCUCAGAGACACGAGAAGUGACGACUGGUUUAUGAUGAACUCUGUCUGGUUCCCAGCAUCUAUUACGGCGUUAUACCUGUAUUUCGUGUUAUAUUUCGGUCCGAGGAUAAUGAAGAAUCGCCCUCCGAUGCAACUGGACACUGUUAUUAAGCUGUACAACGUUGUACAAAUUAUUCUAUGCACUUUCAUCACAGAAAGGGCCCUGACCCUCGGAUGGUUGCGGAAAUACAGAUGGUUCUGUGAGCCUGUGGACUACUCAAACACACCAGAAGCUUAUGCGAUCCUUAGGGCUUUCUACUAUUACCACCUGGUUAAGAUGCUGGACUUGAUGGACACGGUCUUCAUAAUCCUCCGAAAGAAGGAACGGCAAGUGUCCUUUCUGCAUGUGUACCACCAUGCCGGCGUAUUCUUUGCCUCGUGGAUCAUCAUGAAGUUCUUACCAGGAGGCCACGGUUCGCUACUAGGUACCAUAAACCCCUUCGUCCACGUCGUCAUGUAUUCCUACUACUUCAUCACUAGCACGUGGCCAAAAUACAAGCAGAACCUCUGGUGGAAAAAGUACGUCACGCAGCUGCAAAUGGCCCAGUUCCUGCUGGUCACCCUACACGCGGCUCCUGUGUUGUUCCUCGAGAAUUGCAACUACCCGAAGCCCAUCGCCGGCCUCAUGGUGUUCCAGUAUUCAUUCAUGUUUAUCCUGUUCUUGGAUUUCUACAAGAAGACGUACAGAAAGAAGGCGGUGUAGCAGCUGACUGGCGACUGUCUCUUUGUCGCCUGCGCUGUCCCGCUGAGGAACUCAGGACCCGCGUUUCAACAAGCAAUUAAAGAGGAUGGCCGAUUCGUUUAUGUAACUGUUUUUCAUCAUCUCCUGGGGUCGGUUACGUUGUCAUGGUGACGGCGGACACUAGCUCCUUUCCAUGAAUUACUCGUAUUUGAAACUUCCUAGAACAAAAUCUUCGGCCAUAUAGCAGACAUAACGUACAGUGUCCGAGAACGCCGGGGAUGACCCAAAUUUGUAAUGCGAAUUAUUUUAAAUAUAGGCUAAGUCAACAUAUUGUUGUUGUUGUUUUUUUCUGGUAAACAUUUUCAAAUAUUUCUUACGAAAUCUCGCCGUCACCAUGGUAACACCUCAUUUGUAGAUAUAGGAUUAUUUAUAGUAAAUGUAAAAUUUGAUCGAAAACUCGCCAUGUUGUUAUGAAUUCCCAUUACAAUUAACACAAUAAAGUUUUAUAUUUUGUAAA